GUCAUAUCCAACCGCCGCUCGAGGACAAGUGACGUCACCAACACCGCGACGCUCCUUACCGACUCCGGACCGCCGAGCGGCAAGCAAGCAAAAGGUGAAAACGCAACAAGAACGACCACCAGCAGCUGAUAAGCUCGCAGUGGGACGGCCGGCGCCAUGCUGACCCUGGGGAGUCUCCACAUCCUGCGGCUUCCGGUCAGAGCGUGGUGCGGCUGUGCCUUGGCCAGAAAGCCUCCUCUUCCUGCUCCUCCUCCCGCCUACUGCUCUUCAACUCUCCGCCACGUGUCGUCAGGGGGCGCAGAUCCCGGUUGGUACGAACAGGCGGCGCUCUCGGCCCCCGUGCGCCUGGCUGAGGACUUCCUGAUCCAGGUCCAGCAGACCAGCGGUCUUCCCUGGUGGCUCAGCAUCGCCUUCAGCACCCUGACCAUCAGGACGCUGGUCACCCUCCCUCUUGCCGCCUACCAGAUGCGCGUGCUCGCCAAGGUAGAGGCGCUGCAGACGGAAAUCGCGACACUGGCCGAGAGACUGCGGUACCAAGUGUCGUUGAGGGCCAGCGAGCGAGGUUGGACGGACAAGCAGAGUCGUUUCCAGUUCCGGAAGAAUCUGCGGCGUUUGGUGUCGCAGCUGUACGUGAGGGACAACUGCCACCCUUUCAAGGCGUCGCUGCUAGUUUGGGUUCAGCUGCCGCUUUGGAUCGGCCUGUCGCUCGCCCUCAGGAAUCUCUGCGCGCCGCACUCGUUGCUCCACGCCUCUUUGGCCACAGGGGGCACGCUGUGGUUCCCCGACCUGACGUCACCUGACUCCACGUGGCUUCUGCCGCUUGCCCUUGGACUGACCAAUCUGUUCAUCGUGGAGCUGUUUUCCCUCCAGAGGUCCAACGUGUCGUCUGUCCACAAGGCGGUGACAAACGCCUUGCGAAUGUUGUCCCUGUUGAUGAUCCCCAUCGCCGCCGGCGUCCCAUCGGCAUCUUUUUCCAUCCCUCCAGGCGAUGGCGCUCUACUGGUGGUGCUCCAGCUUGGUGGGCUUCAGUCACAAUCUUCUGCUUCGCGCUCCCGCUCUUCGCCAGAUCCUCAAACUUCCCACGCGGCCUUCCGACACGCCCUACAAAGACCUGAUGGACGCCGUCGUCAGGAAGUUCCGCAAGUAAACGGGAAGUUAUUGGCGGCUGUGCGGGAAGUGGCGCCCAAGCCCACCGCCGGGUCUGGGUCCAACUGAAACACAAAGAAAGUACUUGGAAGAUGAGGAGAAAGCCAGCCUUGCAAGCAAAGCCAUGUCACGUGGCGAGGGGGAGCUAUUUCAGCAAAAAGGAUGCAACCCCAAACGGCACACUCUGAGCUGACUCGCGUCUCUGACUGGCCGACGACCACAGACAAAGACGCUCCUUCGGACACGCCGUCGUCACUGGUCCCGGAAUGGUCCUAAGUCCAGAUCACAGACAAAAUUCAAAUGGCUAUACAGUGGAGCCUCGGUUUUCGACCACAAUCCGUUCCAGAAGGCUGUUCGAGAAGUGAAU